UAAGGUGAGCACUGCUGUAUUUGGGAGUCUCAGGUUUCAGGUGUGAUCCUUUGUUGCUGUUCCUCACAAAGCCGUCUGCAGCACCGCCGUGGCACCUGAGAGCAUUGAAGAGCACAAAGAGAGACUUAUGGAGAAUGAACCACAGCCACCAGGAACCGUCAGCAGACGAACAGGAAACCCAGAGCCCUGCCUUGUCCAAACAGAGGAGGUUCAUUCACUUCUCCAGCGGCGAAACUCUGGAGCAGGAAGACAGUGAGGAAGAGGAGGAGGAGGAGGAGCAGUCAGACAGGCCUCCCUUCAGAGAACCUGCAGAGAGGACGAGGUUGUCGUUCAAGAGCGUGGCCCUUCUGGUUGGGAGGAUUUCAAUGCUGACCUGUGAUUUCCUCGGAGAGAGGCUUGCUGGUGCACUCGGACUGAACGCGGCCAAAUACCAGUACGCCAUAGAUCAACAUCAACGUGACCAAAAGACAACAAGCAGCCAGGCCGAGGACGACCCGGUGCAAGGAGCGAAGGGUUGGAGUCGUUACGGAGCAGCAGGGGGCCCCGCUGGCUGCCAGGCGAGCGGUGAUGAGAAACACAUGGAGAGAAGUCAAGGACGUCACAACAGAGCCUAUCAAGCAGAUGAUGAUUGUUUUAAAUAAAUACAAAGAGAUAUGAGGGUUGCGAUUGUAUGUGAAAGCUCUUGUUCAGUGCACCGAGGUAAAUAAUAAUGGUCUGUUAGCUUAACACAGGCAUAACACGAGAGGGAAUAUGCUCAAAUAAUAUAGAAAAGCAUUAAAGGUGUUUUCAGACCAAAUAAGAGAGCGUUUCCCGCUUCAGAACAAAUUUGUAGGCAAUUUUAAGAAAAGCAAAAUAUAACGACGAGGAUGGGAUUCGAACCCACGCGUGCAGAGCACAAUGGAUUAGCAGUCCAUCGCCUUAACCACUCGGCCACCUCGUCUACGAUACUCCGUCGUCAUUGGAAAUAAAUAUAAAGAUAACUAGUCUACCCUUCCUUAGGAGUGCGUUAUUAAUUAAACAUGAAUAUUGAAAUUAUUUAUCUGAUUUCGUUUUAUGGGAUUCCGACAAUAAAAUCGGAGAAACGUUUCAAACGGCAACCGAAAUAAUCGUAUUAUCUUCUUUCAAUUAUACAUUGACCUCUAUUUCAUCUCUCUGUUUAAUUCAGACUGAAAUGAAUACGGAAAAAGAAACGGUUUAACAAAGAACAGCACCGGCUUCGGUUAAGUAUCGCCAUCUAGAAGCUGAAUUAGCUCUUUGUAAAAUCAGCAGACUGACUAUUUCUUUCAAAUCCAGGACAGAUUCCCAUCCAAUGGUUUGCAAUUGGAUGUUUUGGUAAAUUGGAGAGCACUAAAGUCAAACUUGAUUAGACAAAGUAAAUCUAAAAAUAUUUCGGUUUUGUGAAACACAUUGAGGAGAGAACAACAGAAAAAGGAAAUGUAAGGAAGACGAAUUGCACCGCAGCCUCUUGAACAUAAUAAUAAACCAUUACAGUUUUUCUUGAUUGUUUACACACAAAUACUGGUACUUAACACACAAUGACCACAACGUGUAACUCAUGCACCAACCCCCUGAACCAAUUCUGCUAAACUACAAGCACAAUUCUGUCAUUCACUGUCAUUCAAAAUUCUAAAGUCAAUUGCCCUACUAAGCACACUGACUCG